AUGCUGUGCGCCCUCGCAGGCAACAACGCCACAGCGGCCCCCGGCUUGACGGCAGUCGCGGCUGCGGCCUGGUGUGCCCCUGCCUCGCCGUGCCGUGGCCUGCGUACAUCAUCAGCGCCAGCCUCGAGCUCCUCGACGGAGGUCGUGAUGGCUGUGGCCGCCGCCAGGCAGGAGCGGACCAAGGACCACGCGCGCCUCUCAGCACUGGCCCAUUCCGCCAGCGCCCUGGCCACAGCCGGCCAGCUGUCUCCCGAGCAGAUCCGCGAUGUGCUGGCGGCGCUCGCGGAGCUGGGCUUCCAUGACGUCGGCUUCAAGAGCGCCAUGACAGAAGCCAUCCUCCCAAAGAUGUCAGCGUAUGAGCCGGCUGUGCUGGCCGACAUUGUCCACUCCUAUGGCCUGGGACCCUACUAUGACUACGAGCUCAUGACCGAGGCGGUCAACUAUUUGAAAGCAAACGCCGACCGCUUCGACGCCACGAGCCUGGCAAAGAUGCUUUGGUCGUUCGGCCGCUGCGGCUACCAGGACGACGCCCUGAUGAGGGUGAUGCACAGCGUGGCUGAGAAGCUGGCGGACAGCUGCGACAGCACGAGCCUGGCCGAUGUGGUGUACGCUGAGGCUCAGAUGGGCUGGGCUGACCAGAGGCUUGCGGAGCUGGUGGCGGACUACGCGACAGUCAACAUAGAGACCUUCGACGCAAACAGCCUCGCGCGCCUGCUGGCAGGCCUUGCCAGCGUAGGCUACGACGACGAUGAGCUGGCGGAUGCCGCGGGGCGCCAUGCUUGCAGCCUGCUGGAGGCCGGGGAGAUGAGCCCCAGCCACCUGGUGUCGCUCAUGUGGGCCUACGGCCUGCAGGGCCACUACCACAAGGGGCUGAUGGCCCACGCCGAGGCGAUGCUUGAGAACGGCGAGGUGGUGGACGCGCUGUCUUCUGACGAGCUGCACACCCUCAUCGAUGCCUGCAACAACCUCGGGAUGCACGGCCCGGGCAUUUCAGCCGCAGCCGCCCGCCUGGGCCGGCUGGUGCCCACCAUCACGGACGAGAAGGAGCUGCCCGCCAGCCACACCACUGCGUAA